AUGAACAAUGCUUACUUAUUCUUUUCUUUCAUUGCCUUAUUUAACUCAACCUCCUCCUCACCUCAGUCUGUUCCAAUUCUUGUUUCUUCCUAUUUGUUACCAGCCUUUCUUGACACUGUUUAUAUUUUGUUUCUUUCUUCUUUUUAUCACUCAUUGAAAACAGAUACUGUUGCUACUCUCAGGGCAGACGAUUUCCUGAGCGGAUCAAAAGAUGAAAAGAACAGUUUUAUUGUUCUUGAUUUUUGUCGUUUUCGAGCAGGUCAGCCAGGGUAUGUAUUGGAUUUUCUUGCAAUUCUUUCUUUCUUUAUUUCUAUUUUAAAACUUUACCGUUAUUUUCCCUUCUUUUUCACCAUUUACCUCUCUUUCCCUUUAUUUCCACCCUUUUUUUUUUUUUAUAAAUAUUGUCUCUUUUCUCUUUCGUCCUUUUUCAGCAAAAGAUAUUUUUUUUCUUUCUCCUUCCUCCGUUUUCUUCAUAUUCUCUUCUUUUUCGUGUAUUAA